AUGCCAACAUGGUUUGAAUUAAUAUCUCCUUUUUUAAUCGGAGGUAUGUCAGGAUGUACAGCCACAACCUUCGUCCAACCUAUGGAUACUGUUAAAGUGCGUAUUCAAGUCAGAAGCGAACUCAAAGGACAAGGAUAGGCUGUGAAUGUCAACACUCUUGAAAUUAUCAAAGACAUCGUCAAAACAGAAGGACCCUUCGGAUUUUACAAAGGAAUUGGAGCAGCUCUUCUUAGAUAAGUCACUUAUGCUACCACUCGUUUGGGAUUAUAUAGAGCCAUAGAUGAUCAUUAUAAAAGAACACAUGGUAGAAGCAUGAUCUUCUGGGAAAGAUGUUUAGCAUCUUCAUUUUCUGGCUUUGUUGGAUCCAUAGUAGGAAAUCCAGCUGAUUUAUGUUUGGUUAGAUUUCAAGCCGACACCCUCUUACCAGAGGCAUAAAGAAGAAAUUAUAAAAACGUGUUUGACGCUCUCUACAGAAUCGUUAGUGAGGAGGGACUCAUCACUCUCUGGAGAGGAUCCUUGCCCACAGUAAUCAGAGCCAUCGCCAUGAACUUAAGCAUGUUAACAACCUACGAUCAGAUCAAAGACAUUAUUGUCUCACUUCAUGGAAAAGGAAAGGAAGACUACUCAGAUAAACUCCUGUCCUCUGCUGCAGCUGGUAUCGGAUGUGCCAUUGCUUCCUUGCCUCCAGACAAUCUCAAAACCAAACUUUAAAGAAUGAAAAAAGAUCCAACAACAGGACAAUUCCCUUACAAAAACAUUGGAGAUUGCUUCCUCAAAACUAUUUCAAGAGAAGGCGUGACAGGAUUAUGGGUUGGGUUGCCAGUCUUCUACACCAGAGUGGGACCUCAUGCCAUGAUUACACUUUUGGUCCAAGAUACAUUAACUUAAAUGUGGAAUCCUCCAAAGCCAAAAAAUUGAUAUUCAUCUAGCAUAUAUUCAAUUAGAUCAUUAUUCUUAAAUAAAA